ACGAUCGCGUGCUCGCGUCUCUUGUGUCUACAGAACACGUCUCCUACGGGACAAGAAGAAUCUCGAGGACGAUGAUGGAGAGCUGAAAGUACGGUGGCUCGCGUUGUGCAUGAGAGAUGAGCGGUUCUCGACUUGGCAGGGGCCGAGGUGGCCGCCUGGCCGUAUACGGGGGUUGUGGCGUGGUGGUUGUUCUUUUGGUGAUCCUUUACCGGGCCGCUACCUCGGAGAUGGCCAGGCUUCGAGAACUUCACGUCCAGUGUGCUCAUCAGCAGGAGGCCCUUGCUGCUCAGCUUCAAGUUAUAUUUGAGUACAAAGUGCGACUGGAGAAGUCUCUGGCUGAGGAGAAGAGCUCAAACGUGGCAGUGAAGCAGGAGCUCCAGCAACGUGCCUCUAGAGAGAAGUCCCUACGCGACAAGGAUGGCAGAGAGGCGAUGCAGAGGUUUGAAUCCUUGCAGCAGACGUACAAGAUCCUGCAGUCGGAGCACCAGGAUCUCCAGGAGGAGUGCAAGAAACACGAGAGCCAAGCCCUGGAGGAUAUGAACAAGCUGGAAGGAACGCUUCAAGAGCUACGGAUUCACAUGAAUCAUCUGAAGAACAAGUACCUGGAAGUGGAGACAGAUAAGGGAAGAAUUGAGGACAAGUACAAAGAUCUAUUAAAGAAUCAUGGCAAUACGAACAGCACUAUUGAGCAUCUCAAAAAGGAAGUGUUUCAGUUGACCCGUGAACUGGAAGAAGCUAGGAAAUUGUCGAAAAGCACUUCGCCUGGCCCAAGCAUAGCGAGCCCCCGAACUUCCCAGAAAACGGGGCAAGACAUGAAGUCCGCUGAUGCAGGGAACGCUGGGCAACCGAAUCGUCCGUCGCCACUGCAACAGAGCACUGCAGCAAGUAGUUCCAUGAAGUCCAUCCCAGCAAUGAGGCUGGAGACAUCAACGUCUGCGAGUAACCCUAAUCCAGCAUCCACAGCCGCGGAUAAAUCGCUUCCGGCCGCGAAACAGGCGUUGAAGGCCAAACUUCCGAUGGGUGUACCGCCGAUUCCGGUGAUGAUCGAUCUGAGGCAAGAGAAUCGCAAGGAGAAACUGGACGAGGACGCAACAAGGAAGAAGAUCGAUCCCAAAAAGAAGGACACAGGGAGCCAGGAACACGAGGUUGAAAAUGAAAAUCUGGAUCCGGGGUUUCCGGAAAGAAAAAACGAUGGACAGAUGUCUGACAGGCGGGGAUCACCCGAUGUCGGUCCUGGUGUCCAGGAAUUUGGGGACGAACUCAAUAAUCUCCCACUUCCUGGCCUCAAUGAUGGAGACAGAAUUCUUGACGAGCAUUAUGACGUGGCUGAUGACGCGAAGGAGCUCCAACAGAAGAAUAGUGACACUAACUUAAAUGAGGAUGAGGAUGAAGCUGAAGACGAGGACGAUCAAAUAGACUAUUCACAGAACUUGAAGCAAGUGAAACGUGAUUGA